UAUUAUACACACACAGCUCAGAUCUGGGAUGAGAGGAGAUCUGACGGAUAACGGCGACCGGAGAAAAGAAGAAUAUACAACUACAGAACGCAAUUCCGCGUAUCAACAAGCCCUGCAGAAAUUCUAAGGUUCCCAAGAAUACGUUAUAACCCAUUGAGAACGUCAAGAGGUGAGAUAUGAUCCCGGAACCACAAGGACAUGGGAAACGGAACGGAAGGCGACGAUGUUAACGCCACUUAUUGCACAAUCAACCACAGCAUACACCAAACACUCUUCCCAAUCGUGUACAUCACCGUGCUCGCCAUCGGUCUACCAGCAAAUUGCGUGUCUUUGUACUACGGCUACCAACAGAUCAAAGCCAAGAACGAACUGGGGAUAUACUUGGUCAACCUAACCCUGGCCGAUCUUCUCUACAUCUUCUCUUUGCCCUUCUGGCUUCAGUAUGUCCUCCAACACGACGACUGGACUUAUAACGAGACCAUGUGCAAAAUCUGCGGCAUUCUCCUCUACGAGAACAUCUACAUCAGCAUCGCCUUCUUGUGUUGCAUCUCCAUGGAUCGCUACCUCGCUCUGGUACACCCUUUCCGCUUCCACAGACUCCGGACCAUGAAAGCGGCCAUCAUAAUCAGCGCGGUCAUUUGGCUGAAGGAACUACUGACCAGUUACAUCUUCUUUGCGCACGGGGAGGUCAGCAAGGACCCAGACAGCCACAUAGUCUGUUUCGAACACUACCCCAUCAAGAACUGGGAGCACAGUAUUAAUUACUAUCGGUUCUUCGCGGGUUUCCUCUUCCCGAUCUUCUUGCUCUUGUUUAGUUACUGUAGGAUCUUCAAAGUGGUUCGAAAGAGCCAAGGUACGCAAAUGAGGAAAAAAAUGCAGAUCAAGCAGCUGGUCCUCAGUACGGUCAUGAUUUUCUUGGUCUGCUUCGGCCCCUACCACAUCCUGGUGGUCGUUCGGAGUCUGUUCGAGAAAACUUGUACUUUCGCGUCCAAAAUUUUCAACGUGUACCACUUCUCGCUACUUCUCACCAGCUUCAACUGCGUGGCGGAUCCCAUGCUCUACUGCUUCGCGAGCGAGAACACCUACAAGGACUUUGUGAGGUUCAAAGACUUGUGUAUUUCCUUCAUCAGAUGUGUGAAGGUCAACAGCAAGGACGCCUACGAGCUGAACAAUACAGACGUCUCCAACGCAGAGAAUGGCAGGAUCAAACCUCCACCUGCCCAAAAUGAGAGCAAUGUCCUGUGCAAACAAAUGACUAGUGUCCAAAACGAGACAGAAACAUCUCCUGCCCCUCAGUUAUAGCGGGAAGGAAUACUUUAUUAUUAAAAAUGACUUCUUCAUACA